AUGGGAGGAGCUGUUCAGGUUGUCAUUGGCCCUGCUGGAUCGGGCAAAUCGACGUAUUGCCAAAUCAUGCAAGAGCAUUGUGCAACAUUAUCGGGAUCUCGUCGUCGCAAUGUUUUGGUGGUCAAUCUCGAUCCAGCUGCCGAAGCCAUGCAUUACGAUUGCGCCGUUGAUGUACGAGACUUGAUUUCCGUGGAAGAUGUCAUGGAGGAAUUGGGAUUGGGGCCCAAUGGAGCACUCAUUUAUUGCAUGGAAUAUCUCCUUCAGAAUCUAGAAUGGCUACAGGAACGAAUGGAGCCGGCGGGAGAAGGAGACAUGCAAGAUUAUUGGAUUGUCGACUGUCCUGGUCAGAUCGAGCUGUACACCCACGUUCCGAUUAUGCGGACCAUUCUGGAUCGGAUGCAGCAUCAAUGGGGAUUCACUCCGGGGUGUAUGGUAUCUGUGUGUUGCAUUGAUUCUACAUUUUGUUGCGAUGCCCAGAAAAUGAUAUCUGGACAAUUGUUGGCGCUGUCGACCAUGAUUGCACUCGAGUUGCCACACAUCAAUGUCCUCACGAAAGGAGACUUGUUGCCCGAGAGAGAUAUCGACGCCGUGCUCAAUCUACAAUCUGCCUCCCAAUUGUGGGAUUUGGAACAAGAUCGAACCAGUUUAUUUGCCAUGCCACGAGAAAUGGCUUCCAUCAUGACAGAGCUGGAAGAUUAUGACAGCAACAAUCAGAACUUCAACCCCAGCAAUAAUCCACAAAAGACAGACGAGACGACUCAAGAACAACUGAAGAAACAGCAAAAACUAGAACAGAGACGAAGACAAAGGCAUCGAUUGACGGAAAAUAUUUGCGGUCUGCUCGAUGAUUACACCAUGGUCAGCUUUGUACCGCUGAAUGUCAAUGAUGAAGAAUCCAUUGAUCACGUCUUGAUUACGGUAGAUCAUGCUGUUCAGUAUGGAGAAGAUAAUGAAGUAAGAGGCGUCGAAGCCGAUGAUGACAUGCCCGGUGUCAAUCCCAAUGAUGACGACUAUGAUGGUGGUGGUGAUGAUGAAUAA